AUGGCUCAGACUUCUCCUCCCGCUCAGCUUUCCAAGCAGCCGGCUCCAAACAUCCCCAAUGCUAAUGGCCCUCCCAAUGUCACCCAUUUCACGCCGCGCAAGGAAUUCAUACGCGACCAACGAGUCAUUUCGUCCUUCGCCCUCCUCGCUUUGUCUGGCGCGAACCUCGUCCGGCUCUACAGCUUUCCUGGACCCGUUAUAUCCGCUUUCCGCCGUCUCUUUGAUCAGCAGGAUCUAAUCGUGAGCGUCCGCGAGCAUGCGCACAAGCACUUCUUCGAAUUCGCGCUCGACCGGAGGCCGUGGGCAAGCCCAAAGAGUGUCGAGUCCGAGAAGCUCAUUGUUGCCAUCCUCGGCGCUGUGUUCCAGUGCGGUUACUCCUUUCUGUCUUCAAUUGACUAUGGCCGGGAGCCAGAUGACCGCGUAGCUAUCGCGUUCUCGAAACCCGUCGCCCUGUCCGCCCCGUCCACUUCAGGACCGCUUCCGUCUUCAUCCACAGCCGUGCUGCCUCAGCCCACUCGUAUCCCCUUCGCCAUUUCUUUUGUCUCGCCAAGCAUUCUACGCGUGGUAGACCCGCCUUUGGCUUCUACACCAGCCAUCAUUCAGGCUGUCAGAGGCUCCUGGCCUCUGGGUGUGGUUUCGGAGAAGAAGCUGGGCGAUGCCACGUACCAGUUCAAGCUGAAAGGAUACAAAUUCUUUCAAGAGGACAACUUCGCCGCGGACUCAUUGCAUCAGAUCCUAACUUUAUUAUCGACUCUCGACACCCAUGCUUUCACGCUUCUCACUUCGAUGACCCUCACGAAUCGUUCACGCAAACAAGACCUAUGGAUCUUCACGGGACCCGCCGACGGUCCUCACUCCGGGGAAUCGGCCCAGUCCAGCCCUGCUGGCUCCAGCAUGGAGUUGAAGGCAGAGAACGGCCCGUACGCCGCCCAGACGUCGAACGAGAAACUCGCACUCGGUGCGUCGACAUCCAGGUUGAGUACGAUACCUGCCGUCUCUUCGCCCUUGAAUCCGGCAGUGGCGAAGGCCCUGGGAAAUACUUUGCGGAAGGCAACGCCCAAGGUGAAUAUCCCGCUGGCCUUCAUGGAUGACGUCGACAGCGCUACCAAUUCACCCGUCGAGAACAAGCAACACCCGUUCUCGAGUAGCAUGGGCAGUGUGGACAUGACUGGAGUUGGCUCUGGUCGGGGCAAAGGCGGGGAACGUCUCUCGCGAUCGCCUGAAGUGUUCUACAUGACUGGUGCAACUGGGAAUGGAUACAUUAAUGGACAUCGGGACGAGCUCAACCCAUGGAACGCUCCUGGCUACAUUAAGCCUUCAUCGCCGACGCCACCGAUCCUGCCGUAUCCCGCUUUCUUACAGGAACCCAAUGCGCCACGUUCUCCACCGCCUCAGGACGCUGUUCCUCUGCUGUCGCACUCGAGAAACGCGUCCGUUGACAAUCCGCCAGUCCCAGUUCCCCCCACUACACCUCCAGCGCAGCCUGCCGGCAGUACAUCACCUCCAUAUCUCACCCCCCAAGUGCAAUCACCCGCACCGACGCAGGCCUCACGGCAAGACUACUUCAGCGCCAAUGGGUCGUUUCCUGACCGCAGCCAGGACAGCGUGAGGCGCGACAAGGACGGUUUGCCUCACGAUGCUGCGCCAGACACGCCUCGUACGCCUACACCGCCACUACUGCCCUCUGCCGUGUUCCGCGACUCCGCGCUCUCUAUCACCACCGGACGGACCUCCUACGAGAUCCCGAUCCAGUGGACUGGUAGGGACCCUGAGCCAGGGCGUACGACGCUCGAAUGGAUCAAGGAGGAGGACGAAGGCAAGCGGCAAGCCACGCCAGAAUUCAGGGAGCGCCCACGCGAGCAGCGUCGUCCGAGAAUGGAAAGAACAGCUAGCGGCCCCAUGCCUGUAGGCGCCUGGGCCCCAAAGGACGAGCGUCGGUCGCAUGACGUCGUUAUUAGCAUGCUGCCUCCUACCAUCAGGGAGCAACCCAGUCAAGAACACGACGAACGCGCCCAGUUCACCAGCAAAGGCAUGAACAAGCCAGCAGGAACAGAGCCGGCGACGCCGGAGACGUCGAGAUCGCCCGAAUCCGUGACGAGUGCCGGACAGAGCGGAGCGACGACGGCAGCGAGACGACGAAGAAGCCCAACGCGACGCGACACCGACGGGUGGGUCCUGGUCAACAUCGAACGGGCAGGUCGCAAGGACAAGCCGUCGUCGACGGGUCGACAGGCGCAGAGCGUGUCCCCAGCACGUCGGGCCAAGUCGCCCACGCUCGGACCACCCACUUCGCGCCCUACGCCCCACAAACGCAGCAGUUCCGACUCUCGCGUCCAACACUCUCCGCAGCCCCAGGCGCAGGGUAGCAUGUCUGCUGCGGCGAAGGCGAUAGUCAUCAUCGAUGCUGUCGGCGCGAAGGAGAAGGAACAAGAGAAAUCGUCGAGUUCUGGAUUCAGAAAGAUAUUCUCGAAGAGCCGCGACAAAGGCGAGUCGACGGCUAGUCCUCCGCAGCGCCGUGUUGACCUCGUCGGUGUAUGGAACAGGCUCCCAGGGAUGAAGAGGAUGUAG